AUGGUUGCAGUUGAAGAGGUUUGUCAGGAAACGGAAGUGGUCACAGAGGAGUACAAAGAAGUGGAGCUUGUAAGACCACUGAAAACACCUCUCCCAAGGCCAUUAUCACCCAAUACAACCUUCAAGUGGGUAAACUCCUUAGCCUUUAUCUUCACCUUUCCACUUGAAUAUGGCUUGCUUGAAACAGAUGGCCAGCUUAGAGUUCUUUGUGGCUUUAAUAGUGAGAGGGGGAUGGCUAGUGAUAGAAGUUGGUCUGCAAGAUUCAAUAAGGUUCCACGCUUCAAUUUGAGGUUCAAGGAUUGGUAUAAAGCUCGACUGAGUGGAUUUCCAAAGUUUGGGUAUCUCAGUGGAAAUUCAGGUUGCAUACCGCCCGGUUGGAACAAUGCAGAUCAAAGCGAAGACGGGUAUAAAAGCAAGCCACCACCGCCGGCCCAGCCCGCUGCACCACCACCGUCACAGACCCCCAACCCCGCAGCCAUUCACCCAACCUUCCUUCUCUUCCUCUUCUCUCCCUCCUUCCCCCUACCACCCCUGCCCCGUGGCCAACCCGACCCAACCCACCGUGCCACCACCGUCGACCACCCCUCGCCGCACCGCCCUCACCCCUCUCCUUCUUCUAUUCCUAUCCCUCUUUCGCCCCCUGCCUCCACCCACCACCGCGGGACCCCCGGCGCCACCGUGCCACGUCCCAAUGCCGUCGUUCCGCCACCACCAGCGCCGCGUACCACCCCUCCUCUCUCUUUGUCUCACUUUCUAGCCACUGCCCUCCCAGGUUCCACUACUUCUAUCUCUGCAAACUCCAAAUCUACUUCUGUUAAAUUAGAUUAA